UCAGUCGCACAUCGUAAGUCAAACCAAUCAGAUGAGGGUUUCUCUACUGCCGCAGUUCGGAGUACGCAUUUAAUUGAGCUUCGCCUUUGGACGGUCUUCCCAAUAUAAAUAUUGCUCUCGAUCAAGUGAGCGUUCAGUUCUCGCUUUAAUUAGCGACGUGUCGUCUCAGCUGUUGUUAAUUCGUCAGCAUUGUGAGUUUUAAAUAUGCCGCGUACGCUGCUCCUGCUGUCGCUGACGUUGACGCUUUGCAUCCUCGGCCAAGUGGAUGCAGGUCGUCCACUGAAAGUGUUGGGCUUGUUUCCGCAUCCCGGCGUCAGUCACUUCCACUUCUUUCACCCCAUCAUGCACUCUCUGGCCGAAGCGGGUCACGAUGUCAGCGUGGUGAGCCACUUUCCCACUAAAAAUCCGCCUAUACGCUACAAGGAUUUUCCGCUUUCUGGCAUGGACAAGCUUACAAACAGUGUGGACCUCAAGUUCUUUGAGAAACGUUCGUUCUACAAUCACUUUUUGGAGUUCUUUUUGUUGCACGAAUGGGGAAAGCAGUCUUGCAACUUGACGCUGCGCUCGGAGGCGCUACAAACGAUUUUGAAACGAAAGGCGGGUUAUUUUGACGUCAUUGUUAUGGAACAAUUCAAUUCGGACUGCAUGAUGGGCGUGGCAUAUCAUUUGCAAGCGCCCGUUGUAGCCCUAAGCAGCUGUGCAAUGAUGCCCUGGCAUUACGAGAGAAUGGGAGCUCCCAUAAUCCCCUCUCAUAUUCCAGCGCUUUUUUUGGGUCAGUCACAGGACAUGGAUUUGGGUGGUCGCCUGGCCAAUUGGUUUAGUUUCCACGCACUCAACUUCAUGUACAAGUGGUACUCCAUUCCCGCUGCGGAUGCCCUUGUGCAGUAUAAGUUUGGUCAUGAUAUGCCCUCGGUGGGUGAGCUGGCGAAGAAUACCUCCGUGUUCCUGGUGAAUCAACACUACUCGCUGAGUGGUCCCAAGCCCCUGCCCCCGAAUGUCAUCGAAGUGGGCGGUCUGCACAUACAGAAGUCGAAGCCGUUGAGUGCCGAUCUUCAAAGGCUGCUGGACAAUGCUGAGGAUGGCGUUAUACUCAUCAGCUGGGGCUCCAUGAUACGGGCCAAUUCGCUAUCCGCUUCCAAACGGGAUGGCAUUGUCCGCGCCGUGGCUCGACUGAAGCAGAAAGUGAUUUGGAAGUGGGAGAACGACACGUUGCCCAAUAUGCCGUCCAAUAUGCACAUCAUGAAGUGGCUGCCACAACGGGACAUACUCUGUCAUCCCAAUGUGAAGGUCUUUAUGACGCACGCUGGCUUAAUGGGCAGCUCGGAGGCGUCAUAUUGUGGUGUCCCGACGGUUGUCACGCCCAUGUACGGUGAUCAGUUCCUAAAUGCCGCCGCCUUGAUGCAACGUGGCAUGGGCGUGCUUCUUAACUACGAGGACAUUAGCGAGAAUACUGUUCUACGAUCUCUGAAGCGUGCCAUGGACCCGAAACUUGCCGAUGCUGCCAAGGCCGUGUCCCAUUCCUUCCACCACCGGCCACAGCAAACUCUGCUAACGGCCAUCUGGUGGGUGGAGCAUGUCGCCUAUACGCACGGAGAUCCGCUGAUCAAACCCAGCUCCGUGGAGAUGUCACGUUUCGUCUAUUACUCACUCGACGUUUAUCUGGUUAUUGGAUCUAUUCUGGGCAUUGUAAUUGCCAGCUGGAUUGCCCUCAUCAAACGUUGCCGUGGCAAGAGACCAGUGCUGAAAAGCAAACACGAUGUUAAAAUGAUUCGGAAAUGGAGUUGGAAAUUGCUGUUGCUGUUUUCCAUCUUCGGCUUUGGUCAGGGCCUGAAUAUUUUGGGCUUCUUUCCGCAUCCGGCUAUAAGUCACUUUCAGUUCUUUCAUCCGAUCAUGCGGCGUCUGGCUGAGUCAGGUCAUACCGUCGAUGUAGUUAGUCCCUUUCCAGAUUCUCAGCCGCCACCCGGCUACACGGAUUAUCUUCUACCUGGUGUCAACAUCAGCAUUUCACUUGAUUUCGAUAUAUUUGAGGGACGUCGACUGUCAUUUCUGCUUCCCUUCGUGGACUUUGCUUAUCUUUAUACCUAUGGCAAGGAUGCGUGUAGGAAUACGCUUAAUGGCGAGGCGCUGGAGCAGAUACUAAGGAAUCCCCCAGGCUACUAUGAUGUCAUCCUAAUGGAGCAGUUCAAUACGGAUUGCCUGAUGGGCGUGGCAUACAAACUGAAUGCGCCCGUUGUGGCCCUCUGCAGCUCCGCCCUGAUGCCCUGGCAUUAUGAGAGAAUGGGGGCUCCUUUGAUUCCGUCCUAUAUGUCAGCCUUAUUUCUGGGCCAAUCGCAGGAAAUGUCCUUUGGAGCACGGCUUGGCAACUGGGUGACAACGCACACGCUCAACUGGAUUUAUAAAUUAUUGUCUGUGCCCGCUGGCGAUGAGCUGCUGCGUCAAAGAUUUGGACCGGGCAUCCCUUCCACGUCGGAACUGGUGAAGAACACCUCGCUAAUAUUGAUCAACCAGCACUUUUCCUUGAGCGGACCAAAACCCCUGCCCCCCAAUGUCAUCGAGGUGGGCGGCGCUCACAUCAAGAAAGCCAAUCCUCUCGAUGAUGAACUGCAGCAGCUGCUGGACAAUGCCAAGCAUGGCGUCAUACUCAUCAGCUGGGGAUCCCAACUGAAAACCACUUCCCUGAACAUGGUCAAGAGAGAUGGAUUAUUGCGUGCCUUGGGGCGUCUGAAGCAGCAGAUCAUCUGGAAGUGGGAGAACGAGACGCUGACCAAUAAACCUGACAAUGUGCACAUCAUGAAGUGGCUGCCACAACGCGAUAUCCUAGCUCAUCCCAAUCUGAGGGUCUUUUUCACCCACGGCGGUUUGUUGGGCCUAACGGAGGCCGUCUCCAGUGGGGUUCCCCUCGUCGGGAUGCCCAUCUGUGGCGAUCAGUUCCUGAACAUCGCCUCCCUGGAACAACGUGGCAUGGCCGUGAAGUUGGACUUUGGAAGCUUGAAUGAGCAGUCGGUUUUUGAGGCAUUGUCAGAGGCACUGAAUGCCAAGUACAAGUUGAAUGCCCAGAGGAUUGCCAUGGCCUACAACGAUCGCCCCCAGCAUCCGCUGGACACCGCCGUCUGGUGGGUGGAGCAUGUGGCAGAGACUCGCGGUGCUCCCCUGUUACAGUCCAGCGCUGUGCAUCUCAGUCGCUUCGCUUACUACUCCUUGGACGUCUAUUUAGUCAUUUUCUCGACUCUGCUCUUACUUAUUGGCAGCUCAAUUGGACUCUGGAGACUCUGUUGUGGCUCCAAGCGACAACAUCCGAGUCCCAAGCGGAAAUCCAAGAUUAAUUAGUUGACAAAUUGUUAAAAUUAGUAUUUAAAACACAACAUUAAUAUAUAUUUACAAAAUCAAACAAUAAAGAGUUUA